AUGUCAGCUCUCUUGCUCACUGAUUUCUGUUCUGUCGAUUUGAUAUUCCGAGACUCUCGCACUAGAACACACAUUCCUUAUCGAGAGGAUAAAAACUUGACGGGUACAGCUCGAUACGCUUCCAUCAAUGCUCACCUCGGUAUAGAGCAAAGCAGAAGGGAUGAUAUGGAGUCCCUCGGUUACGUGUUGAUGUACUUCAAUCGCGGCACGCUUCCUUGGCAAGGCUUGAAAGCAGCUACCAAAAAGCAGAAAUAUGAAAAAAUUAGCGAAAAGGUGAGUUAAGU